AUGGAAUUCGUUAUUUGGCGCACAACGCCUCAAAGCGCGCUGCCGUCGACAAUUUAUAUUUGGCUAUUGUGCCGUUGCAAAAACGAAGCGUUCGAUAGAGAUGCCAAGGCGGCCUCCGAUCAUCCACAGUUCGAGGACACGCUGGUACCAGAUGUAUUUGCGUUGGUGAAACUCCACCUACGCAUUCAGCAUCGAAAAUCGUCCACUCACCGCUCCGGCAUUACUGACCAUUGGAACCCUACACGCAGUGACCCCACCUUAACUCAGGAAGGGGAAGGGGCACUGGCUCGCCUUCGCGCUGGCGCAUCUCACCGCUGGGGAUUGCUACUGCAAGCAUUGCGGCCAACCAGGCUAAUGACAAGCAGAUGGUGUAACCCAAUAGAGCCUCUUGUUUCUCUCUCAAAAGCUUCGAAUGGAACACCAUCCAAGAGGCCUAGCGGCAGCGUCGCUGCGUUAGUGUGGCAGGGUCGACUUCACGGUUUCACAAAGUCACUUCCCCUGCGCGGACGGGUAUGUUCCACCAUAUCACCGUAA